AUGAUCUCUUUUGAACCUUGGCUUUGCUACUGAAUAUAUAUAUCUGACUAGCAUCAUGCACAACUAGUAUGUUCUCUCCGUUCAUUAAUUAGCUCCAACAUAUUUGAACUCGGCAAACUUUAAGCACAGUUUGUAUCCGAGCACUAUCCUUUAGUUAUACACAAGAGAGUUUACAGAAACUACCCCUCAAAUUUAUAGCUUUUGCUAUAGAAUUGGGGAUAAUGCCUUAUUCAAUUGCUGAUGGCUCUCUACUCUGUCCGAGGCCUCGUCGCCUUCCAUGUUUCAGUUCAGAAUCAAAAUGCCAACUGGAGUUCAGUGCUUCUAGAUUCGAGAUCCUAGACAUGAUCUUUAUUAAGGGCAACUACAAUCCUGAAGAUAAUUAUGAGGUACCUUGUUCACCACCAUUCUUUAUGGGAUCUCCCCCAUGUCGAGCUUCGAAUCCAGUGACCCAAGAUGCUCAAUUCGGAAACCAGAAGUUGAACUUGUUAUCACCAUCUGCUGAAUAUUCUGCAUCGUCUCGACGGAAUAAUAGUAAAUGUUCUCGAUCACUAUGCAUGCAGAAGCCAGCUGCAGUGAGAAUAGAAGGGUUUAACAUUGGCCGUAACUGCAUCAUCUCUUCUGCAGUGUGAUGCGUUUAAAAAAAUUGUGAGAGCCCUUAAGCUUCGUCGACAGAUGCAAAACUAAGAUCACGAAAGAGUACGACUGUAAUCAUGUAUAUAAGGAAGAGUUUGUGCUUAGUUAAUCCAGAAAAAUGUAUAUAGCAUCCUGAGGUUAUUGAAGAAGCUUGUUGAAAUUUCUAACAAAUUAAGCUGAGGGUUGGGGGAACCUUUCUUCAGUCUAGAUCGUGGCUUAAGGAUCUUGUCGGACCAUUGGUUUCAUUCAAAAAAUAGUUUUAACUGUGAAUUCAUUCUAUAAAUAUUGUUCUCCAUUUUUAUCAUAUGAAAGGCGCUUUUAUUGGA